GCACAUUUUAUCAACCGGAAGUGCGUGGGAACGUUUUCCCUGAAGAGUGAGCUAACUUACAAAAAGACAGCAGAGUUUUAACAAGUUUCUUGGAUCUCGUUGUAAGAGCGAUUUUUCAGGUUCUGAGGUGACAACAGAGUCAGAGAUGUUUUCGUUUAAGGCAGUUUUAAUUAUUUGUAUUUUACACGUGUCCUCCUGCUACUCAGAAAGUGAUGUGCAAAUUACAGAUGGAGUGCUUCGUGAACUCAAGAUUUUCCAUCAUUCAUGUGCAUUGAAGAUGGAUGAAGGCCCAUGCAAAGCAAGCAAACUCAGUUUCUAUUUUAACAUUAAUACUCAUAAAUGUGAAACUUUUCUGUAUGGAGGCUGUCUGGGGAAUGCAAACAAUUUUGAAACCUUGGCAGAAUGUGAAGAAAAGUGUUUAGUAACACCUGACAAAAACCCCUGCCACUUAGAGGAGGAGCCGGGACCCUGCCGAGGAGUAUUAACUAGGUAUUUCUUCAACUCCUCAGCCCAGAAGUGCGAUCGUAUGAUUUAUGGAGGUUGUUUUGGAAAUGCCAAUAACUUUAAAACAUUAAAAGAAUGCCAGGCUACCUGCCAUAAAAAAACAGAGCCUCACACUGUGGAAGAUAGUGACAAACAUACUGAUAUCCCAGAACCAAACAUAAUACCUGUGAUUUAUUUUGAUUUAACUACUGUUAAUAGUUCUUCACCCGAACUUGAUAGCAGACAUGCUGAUUUGGAUAGACCAGGUUUUUGCUGGAGUCGGCCAGACAGAGGCACCUGUGAUGGUUCUGUGAAACGAUAUUUAUUUAAUCCCAAGAAAAUGAGGUGCCAUGCUUUCCGAUACAGUGGAUGUGGAGGCAACAAGAACAACUUUGUCUUCAAGGAAGACUGUAGGAAAACAUGCAUGAAAGGUGUCCCCAUAACAGGGCGAAUAAGGAUAAAGAAGAAGAAUAUCAAAAUCUUAGUUAAGCCUUGAUAAAAUAUAGGGGAUCCUGUGGAACAAAAUCAGUUCAACACUACAUGAGAUUCAUUAAGAAUUUAUAACCUCUCUCUACUUUUGUUUAAUCCUCUUGUAAAGAAAAUAUUUUGCAUAAUUUCACAAGCACUUACAGUAUUAACGUUUAACUCAAAUAAGAAAAUACCGGAAGAAGGGAUGCGAUAGACAAAUGUAUUAUGACUAAAAUGUUACUGAAAGCUGUGUUUUUUAUACUGAUGUUUCUGAGCCUACUGUAAAGAAAAAAAGGAAUUUCAUAAUGCAUUACUUCUGCUCUGAAAAUAACCUUUUUACUGCUGUAUAUUUAACAACUGUUUUCUUAUUAAUUUAGCAAGCCGAUAUGUUUGGUAGGCUAUUGUUAACAGUCACAUUUCACACUCAUAAGACUUCAUUACUUAUAAUCUUAUUAAACAUAUUAAACUAUCAUAACACUGGGAACCUCGGAAAAGUGAAUGUUAUUCUGCUUACCUGUGCAACACUCCAAAUGAUAAAAUACCACUUGACAUUUUAAAUCAAAGCAGCCUAACUUAAGCUUCUUCUUAAUUCAAAUUGUGAAGCAAUUUCUCACAUCUUUGUCUAAUAGUGGGCCUACUCACACAAUAACUGCCACAUGUCACCUGUCAAAAGUCACCUGUGGUUUUUUGCAGUGGUGGAUGAAUUGGGUCCUGUCUUAUACUGUAUGUACAGUUUUAGAAUUACUGGUGAUGGAAAGUAUAAAUGUGAGAAAUUGUUGUCUGGGCAUAGUCUAUAUAAUGUUUGAUGUUCUGCAGUGUCUUGGGGAAUUUACAGUAUGGUAAUUAGAACUAUUGAUAAUUUUAUAGUAAAAAUUAAACAACUUACUAUCUCUGUAAUUAAAUGGACAUACAUGUGGAACAAUUCACAGUGCAAAAUGUGAAAAUGAAUAAAUUCCUUACCAUCAUAGAA